AUGAUUCUCAUUCCACCAUCCACUAUAUAUUGUUGCAAUACAGAAGCACAAAAUAGUGAAAAUUAUACAAAUUUGGUUGCAGCAAUUGAACUCAUUGACAGCAAACAAGUGCAUGCCAUCAUCGGAACAUUAACAUUUCAGGAAGCUGCUAUAAUCUCUGAUAUGGGUAAAGCCACCAAGGAUAUCCCUAUCCUAUCGCUAAUUUCACCGGCUUUUAUCCCGCCGGUAGAACCACUUCAACCGCCAUUUUUCAUUCAAAUGGCCAACGACGUCAACCUCCACAUGAAGUGUAUUGCCGCCAUUGUAGGCCACUUUAACUGGCGAAAGGUGACAACAAUUUAUGAAAACAAUAACGGUUUUUCCAGUGAUCCUGCAGGAACAAUAUUAACUCUCCUUUCUGAUUCACUCCGAGCUGUUGGCUCAGAGAUUGAACAACACUCAACUUUACCUUCCCUAUCUUCUCUGUCAUCAGACCCAAAAUCAGCCAUUGUAGAAGAGCUUAAAAAACUACAGAGCAAGAGCAACAGGGUCUUCGUAGUUCUUCUGUCUUCUAUAGAGUUAGCUAUUUUGCUUUUUGAGAAGGCAAACCAAAUGGGUAUGAUGGAAAAAGGCAACGUAUGGAUUGUAACAGAUGAGAUUGCAAGCCUUCUUGAUUCUGUUGAUUCUUCAAUCACAUACAACAUGCAAGGCGUGCUUGGUUAUAAGACUAUUUUUGAGUCUUCUAGUGAAAAAUUCAAGCAGUUUAAAAUCAAAUCCCGAAAGAAUUAUGGAAUGAAGUACCCAGAAGAAGAGAAAGCUAAUCCAAGCAUUUUUGCGCUUCGUGCUUAUGAUGCAACAUGGGCUAUUGCUCAGGCCAUUACGAUAUCACAAAGAAGGGAAACCCCAAAAACAUUAUGGGAAAAUUUUUUGUCCAAUAUCUUCGAAGGUCUAAGUGGCAAGAUAAUCUUCAAGAAUAGUAAAUUGUCAAAAUUACCCAUCUUUCGAAUCAUUAAUGUGGUUGGCAAAAGCUACAAGGAGAUAGCAUUCUGGUCACCAGAAUUUGGUUUCUCUAAGAACUUUACAGAGCAUGAUGGGGAGAAAGUACGAGUUUUUAAUGGUUCUAUUAAUGGAGUAAUGGGUCCAGUAUUUUGGCCAGGUGGCCAGCAAACAGUGCCAAAGGGUUGGACUUACGAUGUAAUUGAGGGGAAACCAUUGAAGAUAGGGGUUCCUGCCAGGGGUGCAUUUAAUCAGUUUGUGAGAUUAACUUAUGACAAGGAGACGAACAGAACAUUCAUCACUGGUUUUUCAAUUGAUGUGUUUGAAGCAGUUGUGGAACGUCUCCCUUACCAAUUGCCUUAUGUUUUGGUCCCUUUCAACCGAUCAUAUGAUGAUAUGGUGCAACUGGGCUUGGAUGGAGCAGUUGGUGAUAUAGAAAUCAUGGCAGAUCGAAUGCAAUAUGCAGAAUUUACUCUACCAUAUAUCGUAUCUGGACUUGUGAUGGUAGUCACUGUGAAACCAGAUAAGCUCAGAGAAAAAUGGCUGUUCUUCAAGGUCUUUACCAAAAAAAUGUGGCUACUCAUGGUGGCGAUGCAUCUAUUCAUAGGGUUAGUAAUUUGGUUGAUUGAAAAUGGAGGCAAUCCUGAAUUUGAGGGCUUCGGUGCUAUGCUUUGGUUUUCUGUCACUGUCCUUUUCUUCAUACAAAGAGAACCAAUUAAGAACAAUUUGUCUCGUUUUGUGUUGGCGCCAUGGUUUUUUAUGAUUCUAAUUGUUUCGGCCAGUUUCACAGCAAGCCUCACAUCCAGAAUGACUGUCUCUCAGUUUAAACCGUCUGUGCUAGAUAUUGAAACACUUCAAAGAACAAAUGCACCAGUUGGGUGUAAUGGGAAUUCAUUCAUUGUAAGAUAUUUGAUCAACGUCUUGAAUUUUAAGCCUGAGAAUAUCAGGGGAGUUUGCUCCAUAAACGACUGCCCUCAAGCGUUUGAGAGAGGGGAAAUUCAAGCAGCUUUUUUUGUUGGCCCGCAUGCUAAAGUCUUCCUUGCUAAGUACUGCAAAGGUUACACUGCAACAGAACCCACUUUUAGUCUGGUUUUCUCCAAAGAUUCUCCUUUGGUUUUUGACAUUUCAAAGGUAACCCUUGAAGUGAUACAGACGGGAGAAAUGCAACAACUAGAAAGAAACUUGCUCUCCUCUAAUAACUGCUCCUCUACGUCCAACUUGAACGUUGAUCCAGAAUUAGGCCCUGAGCCUUUCUAUGGCCUGUUUGGCAUUUCAGGUGCCAUUUCUGCGCUUGCAUUCUUAAUCACUGUGGCCAGUCUGAAGCGAAACCAACAGCUGAGAAUGCACUUCAUACCAGCAGCAUUCAUAGAUAACAGAGUUGUAAUAUGGGCAAUCAUUUUUCUCUCUCGAAUCUAUGUCAGGUGUCAAUCUCCCUACAGAAGAAGGAGCAUCGUAGUCCCUGUCCCAUAA